CAAGCUUGGCGUCACCAGCGGGGCCCAGGCGCGCCCGGCGCGCGCGAUGAAUGGCCUCGCGCGUGGGGAGCCAGGCGGCGCGGCCGCGGCGCAGGAGAGGCCGAAGGCCCUGGAGGGCAGGCCCGCGACGCCGCCGCGCCCUGGCACGCUGCGCGCGCUGUCGGCGGAGGAGAAAGCGCGGGUGGGGCAGCUGAUCCGCGCGCUGGCCCAAGAGCGCCGCGACAAGGAGGCGUACCGCGAGCAGCUCGGCGUGCAGGAGGCGCGCCUGCGCGACCUGGAGUACCAGCGUGAGCAGGGCCGCGAGCAGGCUGGCGCG